AUGCAUAAGUCAAAUGCCGCAGGAGAUUACUCUCACCUCUUGCCAGUCAGUACAAGUGACAGUGUUGCGAGUAACUCACCCAGUAACAGCACCAGUACUCAUACCAGCAAUCAGCCUUUUAUUUCGUCCACUAUAGGCGUUCAUUUUGCAGGAAGAGAGCUGGGCGGUAUCAGUUUACUCACAGGAAUUCCAUUCCUCGUCCCGGAGGGCCAAGAAUGGAUCCAGUCUCGUACUGGACAGACCAUUUCCAGUGAUAAGCUUAGUCCAGCGAGGGCACCAUGGGAGAAGGAGCGAGGUCACGGCUCCAACGCCAUUUUGAUGAAUUUGCGCAAUCAUAAUCAUCGAGUAUUUGAAUUGCCACCGCGACAACACGUGGAAUCCUUUUUCGAGGGGUAUAAAAACACGGCUAUAAUGCGACGCAUUUUUCCAGUUGUGGAUGAUGAACUAUUUGCGGUGACUAUUAAGGAAGCAUAUCAACAACCUCAGUCCAGCUUUAAAUUCGGCCAAGCGAGUACUAGAGCAUGCAUCAUUGCCUUUUUGGCGUUUGCUGCCCGUCUCCCGCCUAUCAAAGGCGUCCUCCCCAUUGCAGAUUAUACAUCGCUUGAUAUAGACCAUGAGACCUUGGCUUCCAAGGCUCAGUUUUUAUUGUCACAGGUUCUUCAAGAGCCUGCCAGCAUGGAGGGUGUACAGGCUGUUAUUAUGAUGACUCUAUAUGAGGUCUCAUCAGGGAAUAUGCGGGCUACGAACUACUUUGGCUCAAUAGCAGCCCGUCUACUAUUUAUGCUUGGCGGUAAUUUGCUCAAUGGUGGAGCUUACUCGCUACGUGAACGAGGCCACAGGAUACAAAACCAUCUGCGCAAUCUCUUUUGGAUUUGCUACACUAUGGAUAAAGAUGUAUCACUUCGCACGGGACAGCCACCUACAAUUGCAGAUGAAAACUGCGAUUUGACUCUCCCACCAGGUUAUGUGGACCAUGCGUUUUUAGAUCCCGAAGACACGAGUCUAUCUUCUUCACAACCCAGUUUCCCUUUUGACUUGCGUUUAAGCAUUAUUAAAUCCCGAACACACAGCGCGCUAUAUUCUGUGAGUGCGAUGCAAAAGUCCGAUGCCGAUCUUCUAAAGUCGAUUCGAGAAUUGGAUUUCGAGCUAGAGGAAUGGAGAAUGUCUAUCCCUCUUCAAUGGCGCCCUACCAUGUCUUUCUCACCUGAGGCCUCUGAUCCAAAAGUCAGCAUGCAUUCUGUUAUGCUGCGUCUUAAUUACUACUUCUGCAUAUCCCUGAUCCACUCCGCAAGCAGUCGAUGUAAAGCAUGGAGGGAAGGAAGUGGGAUGUUGGAGGGUAUCAACACAAGUCUUGCUCUAUCAGUUGAGGCAAGUCGCUCAACACUCUGUUACCUCGAAGCCGCGGAACAUGUCCUUGUUGAGGGAGUUUUCUGGACAUUGGUGUUUUAUCCUAUGUCUGCACUGCUCAGUAUCUUCUGCAGCAUUCUCUCUAGUCCGUUAGACCCUCGCUCCCGGGACGAUUUAGAUCGUCUCCAAGUGGCGACGAAAAUGAUGGAACGCAUCUUCCCACGGAAACGUCCCAAUAAUGAAAUCGUUCAUCUUAGAAUGGUAGCUGACUUCGUCAUUGAGUUGAAACGGCUGGCGGAAUGUGCUAUCGACAAGGCGUGGAGGGAACAGAGUGCUGGCUCGGUGGUGAAUCCCUGA